AUGAAAGUGAACAAUGGCGUCGGAAACUUUUCGCGCAGCAGCUCCACUCGUACGGCAAAGAAAAGCACCGUCCUACCCAAAUCGUCGUACUCGUCGCCGAGUAGUUGCAGCACGCCCCGGAGCCCCACCGCCAGCUAUCACGGGCGAGAUCCAGCACACACUGAGCUACCAAAAUCACCUAUAACGGAACAAAAAUCUCCGACCAGCUACCAAAGGAGUCCUAAAGUGCGAAGUAUGGGUUUGAGUUCGCCCAAAGUGUCGCUCAGAAGUCCGAGUCGAACUGAAAAGAUUUUCGAUUUUGGAGAGAGCGAUUACCGCCCAAGUAAGUCGCCUAGAUCGCCUAGGUCGCCGAUGAAGUUCAGCUACGACGAUGAGAUCAGGGAUAUCAGGGAUGUACCAAGUUCAAGUGACAACUUUAAUUUGGCCUCUCCACCCAAAAAAUCAGGAAUGGUGAACAGACAAAUGUAUCAGUCAUCCAAAAGUGACUCGCUGAAUAGUACCAAAUCCAGUUUGGAGUAUUCAAGUACCACAAAACAUCCUACUGGGGCGUACCAAGACAUUGAAUAUAAGAUUUGCCAUUCCUUGGACUCUGAUUCUCAAACUACGUCGAGUUAUCGCCAAUCAUCUGCCAGUACAAGUUCCAGACAUUCAUCCAUAAAAGAUAAAAGGAAACCAAGGUGUAACAUUAGAACCAAUCCGGGCUACGAUGAUAGGUAUUCAUCCAGCAAAUCUAUCAACGAAUAUGAAACAGCGGAUAAAUCUCUAAAAAGAUGCCAAUGCCGCAAAUCGACAUCGGAUCUGACGGAUAUGACGGACGAGGUGGCCAACACGAUGACCACCUCGCUGAGCAGACCUAGUUCACCUAGACGGAAAGGUUCGGUUAAAGGCGGUUUGGCGUAUUUGGCGUCUAGACGAAGUUCGCGGGAUUCGGUUGCUUCGAAUAUGUCGAACGUGUCCAACGAGGACAUCGGCCCGUUGAAUUUUCAGAAUACGGUGCGCGGAAGGCAGAGGCGGACGUCCAACUUUUUGGAGUUACCAAUACCGGAUCACAUACGACCGAGAGUGUGUUCCCUCCCAGAAAAACCCUACAACCCUCGGAUCAGCGACGACCUAUACCGGUUGCGGACCUUCAGCAUCACUAACAAGGGUGGCGUCGUGAACUGCGGGGAUUCCAUCAUCAACAGACGGUCCAGGUCGAACACCAGUGUAAAUUCGACGGCCAGCAGAGCCAGCAACGUUUCCGGUGAAAGGUCGCCAUUUGACGGAUCCUGCUGCGGUUCGGGAUAUCACACGGUCGACUCCACUCCCCUGGGAUCCCCCGAGGAGGCCGAGGUUCCCAAAUACAGGGUGGUGAUGCUGGGCGACGCCGGUGUCGGGAAGACGGCGCUGGUGUCGCAGUUCAUGACGUCCGAGUACAUGAACACGUACGACGCCAGUUUGGAUGACGAAUUUGGUGAAAGAACUGUCUCGAUUCUACUAGACGGCGAAGAAUCAGAAAUGAUAUUUAUUGACCAUCCUUCUUCAGAAAUGUCGGUUGAAAAUUCCUUAAGCACGUACGAACCUCAUGCAUGCAUAAUGGUCUACUCGGUGGUCUCUAGAUCCAGUUUUCAAGCCGCAGAAGAAACCCUCAACUAUCUAUGGCGGGAGGGUUAUACACAAGAAAAGAGCGUCAUAGUAGUGGGAAAUAAGGCUGACUUAGCAAGAGCUCGAGUGAUAAGUCCAAAUGAGGGCAAAGCUCUGGCCGUAGCGAGAGACUGCAAGUUCAUAGAGACAUCUAGCGGCAUCCAGCACAACGUCGACGAACUUCUAGUGGGCAUUUUGAAACAAAUCCGUUUGCGGGAGUCACGCGACAAGAAAAAAUCCACCUUAAAAAAGGACAACAAUAAAUUGCACAGUUCGAAGACCAGUUUGAGUUUGAAUAUAGCCAGGGAAAUUUUGCAGAAGAUAUGCCUGAACGAUAUCAGCAAAUCGAAGUCCUGUGAAAAUUUGCACGUUUUGUAA